UCGCGUGACUAGUCUUGUUUGAACGGUCGCUUAGUACGCAUCGCCAUUUUCGUCACGUUUUGGGCGUUCGCGCAGAAUGACAGUGUGGUUGUUGUUGGUGGUGGUGGUAGCAACGCUACUGUAUUAUUACGUAUGGCGCCGCUACCGCUACUGGAGAGACAGAGGCAUUGCCGAACUCGACCCAUCCUUUCCGCUCGGCGACAUGAAGGGUGUGGGAACGACGCGCGGCUUUAACGACAUGCUCGAUGAAGCGUACGGACGGGUGCGGGGCAAAUCGGCAGCAGUCGGGGUAUACUUUCUCAUCAGCCCGAUACUGAUCGUGGCCGAUCUCGACCUUGCCAAGCAGAUACUGGUGAAAGAUUUUCACCUGUUCCACGAUCGCGGCCAGUACGUGAACGAGCGGGACGAUCCCUUGUCCGGGCAUCUGUUUUCGAUCGGCGGCGAACGGUGGCGCUACCUGCGCAACAAGCUCAGCCCUACGUUCACGUCCGGCAAGAUCAAAUCGAUGUUCACCACAAUUCAUGAAAUUGGAGACGAGUUGCUCGCUUCCUUCGACAAGUAUAUUGAUUGCGGCGACCCGAUCGAUAUCAAGUUACUGUGCCAGUGCUUCACCUGCGACGUGAUAGGCUCGUGCGCGUUCGGGCUGCAGUGCAACUCGCUCAAAAACGAAGGCUCCAAGCUGCUCGAGAUCGGCGACAAGGUGUUCCGAGUUAGCCCAAUGCGUAUGUUGUAUUUGAUGGCGGUCGGGAUCUUUCCGCGGCUUUCACGAGCCCUUCGACUGUCCGCCCUGCCCGGUGAUGUGUCGGCGUUUUUCAGACCACUGGUACAGUCCACGGUGGAACAUAGGGAGCGAAAUGCGGUCGAGCGACCCGAUUUUCUUAACCUGCUGAUACAGCUCAAGAACAAAGGUACGGUGGAGGACGAAACAACAGAAGAACUGCAAAAGCUGACGCUCGACGAGGUGGCAGCGCAGGCGUUCGUGUUCUUCUUCGCCGGGUUCGAAACGUCCUCGACAACGCUCUCGUUCACACUGUUCGAGUUGGCCAACAAUACCGACAUUCAGGAGCGAGUGCGGGCGGAGGUGCUGGAAAAGCUUCAACUCCACGACGGAAAGAUAACGUACGACGCACUGAAGGAGAUGACGUACCUCGAUCAGGUCAUCAAUGAAACGCUUCGCUUGUACACACCAGUUCCUCAGCUGUUCCGAGUGACGAACGAGUCGUACCAUCUGCCGUCGCUAAAUGUUACGCUAGAGAAGGGUACGAUGGUGCUGAUACCGGUCCAUUCGUACCAUCACGAUCCGGCCCUGUUUCCCGAACCGUACCGCUUCGAUCCGGAUCGGUUUACAGCGGACGCGAUGAAGGCGCGCCACAGCCACGCGUUUCUGCCGUUCGGUGAUGGGCCACGGAAUUGCAUCGGCAUGCGGUUCGGGCUGCUGGAGGUGAAGUUUGGUUUGGUGCAGGUUCUAAACAAGCUGCGCCUGACCGUUAACGAGCGUACCGCACUGCCACUGCGAAUGUCCAAGCGAUCGGGCUUCCCGGAGGCGGAAGGGGGCAUCUGGUUAAAUGCGUCGCGGUUGUGAGCGUUUUUAUUGAGCUUGUGCACAUGUUUAAGCAUGCAUUUGUAUCGUGCAUUGCAUUAGAGCUGCUCUCUAGGAAGUGUGCAAAGCGCAAACGAACACAAACGAACCAAUAGUGUGCAAAAGGAAUAAUCAAAUUCAUCUUUCAAGAGGUCAUGACGUGCUUCAAGCUGAUGUGCUAACAAUGACUUGCAGCAAAUGGAUCAUGUGUGCGAUUUUUGUUGUUGUAUCGUGCAAACAUGAAAUUGGGUGUGGCCGCCGAAAAUUGAAAUAAAAGCAAAGACCUCACGGUGGCAGCGUUCGUUUCAAAUUGA